CUGGACAGCAUGGAGGAGGAGCGACUGAGGGAGCAGAGAGAGGAGCUGAGGAGGGGGGGCCGGAGGAGAGAGAGAAAGUUCUGAGUGACGCACUUCAAAAGGCCAAUAAAAAUGUAGACGAGCUGAGAAAAUACCUCCAACAGCUGGAAGAGAGGCUGGCAGUAGCAGCUUCCACGGAGGAGGCAGAGCGGUUACCCGGAAAAGAAAAGCAGCAAGGUGACAUUCUCAGCAGCAGGGCCCUGCGAGCGACUGUCUCCACGCUCCAUUCCUCUCGCCGCGAGCUCACAGACCCAAGGGGUUUCCUCAGUCAGCUGAUGGAUGCCUGGCAGGCCUUCAGAUCUGAGAUGCUGCAGCAGAGCACACUGGUGUUCUCAGUGAUGAAAGACGAGCUGAAGCAUUCCAGUGUGGGUUUUCAGACAAUGAAAAAAGAGAGAGAGCACCUAACUCAGCAGCUGAUCUUUCCCACGAUCCCUGGACUCAUCCCACUAAUUUUCCCCCAAAUCAUGCUCUUCCUCCGCUUCAUUUCCGGUCUCCACCUCCUUCGAUUCACAGAGAGGUUAAAAGGGGAGUUUGAGGAGAAAAACGAGAUGUGGUUGUCGUGCCAACGAAGGUGCGACACCGCAGAGAGGCAGCUGUCGUCAUUGCAGCAGAGAGAGGAAGAAAUAAACCGGAACCGCUGUGCAGCUGAAGAGGAAGCGGUGCGAUUGAAGGAAGUUGUGGAGAAGGUCCAGCAGGAAACGGGAGAGCUGAGGAGAGAGAUGUUGUGAUUGUGAUAUCGGCUCUGCUCUGCUUACAUCGACAUUUAUUUUAAUAUCUUGUUAUUCAUCUGAUUCUUAAGCUCCAGUUAUAGGCUGGGACACAAACAAAUCUGUCUUAGAGGCCCUUGAUAUCUCUGUCAGCUUCCAACCAUGUGAGAGAAAGUCAUACAUUUUCACAUUUCACUUUUGUGCUAAAGUUAGAACAGUUUGGAAUAGUUAACUAUUUCACUGAAUCCAUGUCUCUGAUUCAAACAUUCUCCUGGUGCUGGUUCUCUGAGCUCCCAGUCUAAGCAGAGACAGUUAAUAGGACUGCUAGCUGUGCGGCUAACUGAGCUAACUAGCAGCAGUUGGCUUUGCUUUGGUGACUGCAGUAUCUUUACAUUAGGAAAGCUGUAAAAGUAGGCAUCUGUCUUGUCUUUUUCACUGCAACCCUGCAUCAAGAUCUGUUAUUAUAUUUCUUCAAAAA